AUUGAACUAAUUUCAGUUUAUUAUAAAGGCAUCUUUAUUUAAUCUGUGCAGUAUAAAAAAAUGUUUGAGUACAAACAACAAUUAACAAUGUUAUUUUUGUAUGAGCUUUCACUUUAAGAAGCCUGUAAUAAAUAUUAGUAAUGGCUAAACAUAAAGAACUUUUUUUUUUCUACCCAGCUAAACCUUAGCAUUUAUGCUAUACCAAUGUGUUUCAAUGUCUUAUUUGAAUAUUUCCUCCCCACUCUAGUAUUUCCAUGCUGUGAUGCAAAAAUACAAACAAUUUAUAUUGCUUUUGUCUUUCCACAAGAAUAAGGCUUAACCGCGAUAGUGGCAUUCAAAACAUAAGACCCAUCAUUCACCUUCAUCUAUCGCGGCAGGCUUUGUAUCUGUAAUAAAUGCAAGGAGGUGCUCAGGCAGAUGUGCAUUAGCUAAUGUUGCCUGAAAGCAGCUGGGCUGGGCAGAGCUAAUAGACAGACCAUAACACUAUGACAUCACCAGGAGAGUGGGGGGAAGAUAGGCUGAGAGAGAAAGAGAGAGAGAAUGAAGAAGAGAGGGAGGGAUCAAGUAAGCCACAGUAAGGGACAGUGUCAGAAAGCAGAGAGGGGACGCAGGGCUAGACUGAGUCCGCAGUGAAUCUUGUGGAUUUCUCCUUUGCAUCUCCACUGCAUCUUUCCGUUUCCCUUUCCCUAGCCAUCCCCCUUCCCCUCCCUUUUCCCCCCACUGUCCUCUCCGCUCUGGACCGCUCCUCCGGGCAUGCUACUUAAGCCCAAGUAUGACCGCUUCCGGAACGACUCUGUGACCUCCUCCGACGAUCUUAUGCAGAGCCUGGCCAUGAGCGGGAAGGUGGUGGCCACACCGGUGGCCUCCUCGUCCGCGCCGGGCCUGGAGCUGCCGCCCCUGCAGACCGCUGCUCUACCUCCUCCUUCAGCCCAGGUGUUGGCUGACUCGCCCGGGAUGGACAGCGAGCAGGAUGGCACCACCACCUUCUGCAUGCUCAUCCCCAAAAUGCCCCAGUGGAAGUUCUCCAACUCUUUGCUCAGCCGUAGCCCAUCAAACAGCAGCUCUAGCUCCAAUUCCAGCAAGGAUUCUGGCAGGGCACCUCCGACCGAUAGUUCCCCUGCUGCGGCUUCUGGGGGGACGGCUGCUGCCAGCGGUCCUGUGGCUAGCCUUGCAGCUGUGUUCAACUCCUGUGACCCUGUUUGUGUGGGCCCCUGUUCCCUACAGGCCUCCAGGAGACAGAGGGCCAGUCAGAGAGAGUCCAGCGCAGGGGCCGCCGAGGGGAGUCCAGGGGGCUCUGGGAGCUUCAGGACCGGGAUGAACCGGAGGACCAGGGUGGAGGGAAUAUGGCUCGGGGAUAACUUCACCCAGAAGGGCAGCUUCAUCAACAAGCCGUCUCAAGGGUGGUUGCACCCAGACAAAAAGAUCAGCAGCACAGGGGCUUCCUACAUCGUCAGGUACAUGGGCUGCAUUGAGGUCCUCAAAUCCAUGAGAUCGUUGGACUUCAGCACCAGGACGCAAGUCACAAGGGAAGCCAUCAACAGGUUGUGUGAAUCUGUACCUGGAGGAAAAACUGCCUGGAAGAAGAAAACAACAAACAAAACCCUUCAGUCCAUCAUGGGCAAAAGUAACCUGCGCUUUGCUGGAAUGAGCAUCGGCGUCAACAUCUCCAUUGAUGGCUUGAGUCUCCUCGUCCCUACAACACGGCAGGUUAUUGCCCAUCAUCCCAUGCAGUCCAUAUCUUUCGCCUCAGGUGGAGAUUCGGAUACACCUGAUUACGUCGCCUAUGUAGCCAAAGACCCCGUCAACCAAAGAGCUUGUCACAUUUUGGAGUGCUGCGACGGUCUUGCCCAGAAUGUGAUCAGCACCAUUGGCCAGGCCUUCGAACUGCAGUUCAAACAGUACCUACACAGUCCACCCAAAGCCAUUCCUGCCAUGGAUAGAAAUAUAAGAACAGAAGAGUCAGCAUGGGGUGAAGACGAGGAGUCAUCCGAGCACGAUUACUACAACAGCAUCCCUGGAAAGGAGCCUCCUGUUGGGGGAGUGGUAGACUCGAGGCUCAGGCCUCCUGCGGGCCUACUGGGCCACGUUCACACACACCCACAGAGCAAAACAUCACAGAUGGGGUCACCGGCUAAAAGAGACGCAAACAGCCUUCCUGCCACCCACUUGUGUUAUGAAGUGCACUGGGACACAGAGAAUAACAGAAGCUCAACAGGUUUGACUUCUGAUGGUUACUUGCGAGCAGAUGGUCAUCCUCCAGGCAGUCGUGAUUACGAGGAGCAUCUGUACGUAAACACUCAAAAUCUGGACAACCUGGAGGCCUCAGUGGUUGGGCGCAGACCUGAGAGCCCCAAGAAGGACAUUUUUGACAUGAGGCCAUUUGAAGAUGCCCUGCGCCUCCAUGAAGCUAGUGGGGUUUGUGUGCUGGAGGACAAAUGGCCGAGUCCCCCACGUCGCAGAGCCCCUGUGGCCCCUACAGAAGACCAGCUAAGACGAGAGAUGUGGUACCACGGCCGAAUGAGCCGCAGGGAUGCUGAGAAUCUGCUGGGCCGCGAUGGGGAUUUCCUGGUACGGGACAGCGCUACUAACCCAGGCCAGUACGUGCUGACGGGGAUGCAGUGCGGCCUUCCUAAACAUCUGCUGCUGGUGGAUCCUGAAGGAGUGGUCCGAACUAAAGACAUGCUUUUCGAGAGCAUCAGUCACCUGAUCAACUACCAUCUGACAAACAAGCUGCCGAUUGUAGCGGCGGAGAGCGAACUACACCUCCAGCAGGUCGUCUGCCGAAAAAUCUGACCUCAUUUGAAGCCCAUAUUUAUGGGAUGAAGAUGAAGGUCUCGAGGCCACACACUAUUGCCUUAAACACAGACUCUGAGCUUCCACUGGGACUUGUGGGAAAUCGCCGUUCCUGACCACAAACAGCUUUCAGCAUGCCUCGCUCAAUCGAUCCCCUUCUUCAUCUGAGAAGACCCUGACUGAGAGUUUGGCGUUGGGAAAUGAAGUGCUUGUGAACUUUGAGUUUCCCAACAGACUGUUAGAAAAGUUACGACAAACACGAAAACUUCCCUUCCUCUACGAGCGAUCGAUCAUUGAGCUGUCGUUUCUAAACGUGAUGUAUUCGCUAACUGUGGAUCCGAUCUUCUCUGAUGGACGUCCCUGUGCUGUUGCGCUUUACCAUCGGUUUGCUCUCAGGAUGCUGUGUUUGUAAUGGACGUUAUAUAAAGCUCAUAAGCUCAGUCGCUGUAAUGCAGUCGUAUUGGACGCACAUGUUUCAUUUACGAACUCAGGACCAAACGUUUUUGGGUCACGCUCUUGAGAUAUUACCCCUUUUUUUGAAUAACUGUGAUCCAGACAUGCAUUAUACGUCAUAGUUUUGUGUUGACACAAAUGGUCACUCAAAGGUACAUCCAGUAGUUUGUUGCGUGAACAUGUUAACAAAACUUUCAGAAUACAUGGUAUUUUUGUUUCUUA